GGGUACUAUAGCUUCAGUGCAGACGACGCGAACUUUUGUCUUAUUAAUACUUUUUUUAAGCUCGUUUAGUUUUUCUCUUUUUUUACGUACGAAUAUUUUGUUUGAUUAAAGACACUAAAUUAUUUUUGCGUUUGUUUUCAUUUUGUAGGCACCUGCCCAUCCACCUACUUUACUUGCACUGAUGGCGGUUGCAUCCCCAUGCGCUGGAAAUGUGACUCUAAGAACGAUUGUGCCGACGGCUCUGAUGAACCGAGUGAAUGUGUGAACGCCUCCAAAUGCAAUGAGGGUCAAUUUCAAUGCACACAUUCUCGCAAAUGCAUACCCAACAAUUGGGUGUGUGACAGCGAAUAUGACUGCGGCGAAUUCGAUACAUCCGAUGAGACAAAUUGUCACAGCGAUGAACAGAAAUGCCUGCCAUACCAAAGCGAGUGCAACAACGGUGUGUGUCUGGAGAUAUCGCGCUUCUGCGACGGCACCUGGGAUUGCGACAGUGACGAGCUGAAGUGUGAUAAACAGGAUGCAGAAUGUGCGCACCUCAAUUGUUCCUUCAAUUGCAAGUUAACCUCGCGUGAGGGUGCCACUUGCUAUUGCCCGCCGGGUCAGGUGGCCUUCAAUGGCACCCAGUGCAGGGAUUUUGACGAGUGCGGUGUGGAGGGCACCUGCGACCAGCUGUGCCACAACACGCUCGGAUCGUUUGAGUGCAGCUGUGUGUCGGGCUAUUCGAGACAAAAGAAUCGCUGCUUGGCAAUAAAUGUGCCGACGAGUGAAAACGCUUCCCUGGUAUUUUUCACACAAACUGAUAUGCGGAGGGUCGACAGCAAUGGCGAGCUGCAGGACCAUUUUGUGUCCGGCGAGGUGUCCGCUAUUGAGAUAUGGCAUCGCAAUCGAACGGUAUGUGCUAUGUACUCCAGCGCUUGGACGACGGUGAGCAUGCGCUGUCAUCGCAUCGAUGAUCUGAAUGCUAAUUGGCUAAUGCCUUUGCCGGAAAUGGUAGCCAGCAUGCAUUCCAUUGAUAAGUUACUGUUGGACUGGAUAUCGGGUAACUGGUAUUUUCUCAACAAUGAGCUGAGCGUCGUUUUUAUGUGCACGAAUUCUAUGCAAUACUGUAACCUACUGCUGGAGGAUGUAAUGAAUCCCUCGUCAUUGGUUUUGGACCCCACCAAAGGUUUUCUAUUUUUUACCGAAUGGAGUCCCAGUUUGUCUCGCGUCACGCUCGACGGACGCAAUCGCACCAUUUUGGUUUCCACACAGAUUUAUUACCCCAGUCGCAUGACAUUGGAUUUACCCAAUGAACAUAUUUACUGGAUAGACAUCUAUAAGGACUUCAUAGAGCGUGUCGAUUACGAAGGCCGUAACCGUUGGGCCAUGAAGAAAACCGCAGACACUCACGUGGUCCUGAAAUCCCUGCACGCCGUAGAAGUGUUCGAGAACACCGUAUACAUAGCGCCUUGGGUUGAUACAGUUAUUGUGAAAAUCAACAAAUUCACACUAAAAGCGGAGGAAAUCGUGAAGGACGCAGAGAGACCGUAUGAUUUUCGAAUAUUCCAUCGGCAAAAGCAGCCUGAAGUGGCGCAUCAAUGUCGCGAUAACAACGGCGAUUGCAGUCAAAUUUGUGUGCCGUUAUGGACGAAGAAUUUCGCCACCGCCCAAUGCCAGUGCACCGCCGGUUAUAAAUUACGCAACCGCACGGACUGCGUACAGCUGAACAAUAACAAAUUUCUGCUUUAUGCCAAGGAACGUUUGUCCAGCAUCACCGGUGUCUCGUUGAAUGUGCUGGAGGUGCAACAGUUGCUCAAACGAAAUGAGCACACCGACGCCAUUGUGCCGCUAUAUAAUGUAACCAGACCACUGAGUAUCGACAUUAACGUGCGUGAUAAAUUGAUAUAUUUCGUUGUGAUGAAAGCCUCGAGUUAUGCGCUCUACAGCCACUCCAUUGUAAGCGGAAAACGCACAGUGCUGACCAAUGGCAGCGGCAGCUCCUCGAUCUUGGCCUACGAUUGGAUCGCGCAACACAUGUACUGGGGUGAGGGGAAUUCACUGCGUGUGGCGCCCAUCAAAAAUAUGAGCAACAUUUUCACCUUGCCGCUAGGCGAAAUGCCCAUCUCUUUGGUGCUUCAUCCCGCCGAAGGCAUGCUGUAUUUUAGCGCUUGGAUAGGCGAUGCGAAGGGGAAAAUCUAUAGCGCAUGGCUCGAUGGUACGCACAGAAAGGUGCUUGCUGAGAGUGUGAAGGAUAUGCCCAUGUCAUGGCCACUCAGCUUGAGCAUCGAUCGUAGAGGCAAAAAAAUAUAUUGGUGUGACGUGAAAACGAAUAGCAUAGAACGUAUGAAUGUGGAUGGAACGCAACGUACUUUACUCUUUAAAGACGCCGAAUAUCAACCCAUAUCGGUGGCGUUUCAUAACGGCGUUGUUUUCUGGGCGGAUAAGAAGAAAGGAACUAUACACCGAUUCACCGUGAACUCUCACACCGUUAAGACAGCAGCGAAGGGCAGUCAAAUGGGCGUACAUCUUUUGGAACGUGGCGAUACAACACACCUUAAAGUUUACGACUCCGAAAGCCAGCCAGCCACGGUUGCUUUGAACGCAUGUGCCACAUCAAAUUGUCCUGGCAUUUGUUUGAACACUCCACAAGGUCCCGUCUGUCGUUGCCCGGAUAAUUUCACGCUCAAUGCUAAUGGCUUGCAGUGUAUUCCUCAAAUGUUGCUAAGUGAGCCGACGGACAACUGCACUUCGGGUUUUCAAUGCAUUAAAUCGAAGCAAUGUGUAAAUACGAAGGACGUGUGCGAUGGCUUUGACGAUUGCAAUGAUGGCAGUGAUGAGAGCAGCGAACCGAAUGGACCGUGCAAUAUCAAUAAAUGUGAUUUGAGUUUGCAUUUUGUCUGCAAUAAUCGUUGCUAUCAACGCGCGCUGCUUUGCAGCUCCAUUGUGUACUGCAAAGAUGGCACCGAUCAGCAGAAUUGUGAGACACACACUUGCAAUAGCAACGAAUUCACUUGCGCAAAAAGCGGAAAGUGCAUCCAGUUGUCGUGGGUGAAUGACGGUGUGGCAGAUUGUGGUCCAGAUGACUCUUCGGACGAGAUGACGGAUUUUGAUUUAGAAGAAAAGUGUCCAGAAUUCGAUUGCAAAAAUGGCAAGUGCCGACCAUUUUCCGACGUUUGUGACGGCAUAGAUCAGUGCGGCGAUAAUUCUGACGAGCGUGGUUGCGAGUUUGAGUGUGGGCGCGAUGAGCACUACUGUGUACCCAUUGGCUGCUAUGGGGAACUGCACAUGUGCGACGGCAUACAAGACUGUGUUGAUUUUAGUGACGAAGCCAAUUGCAAUGAAACAAAGAGUGACAAUCACCCAAUCGAUUUGGGCGACGUACAUGCCUGUGGCAGUAAGGAGUUCGGUUGUACAGAUCCGUUUGAGUGCAUCCCGGAGUUUUUACGCUGUGAUGGUAUUCCACACUGUUUCGACAAGUCCGAUGAACUCAAUUGCACAACAUUAAAUGCUUCCCGAGCCGAUUUCAAUGAGACAAUAUUUUCAUGCGAGGCACCCGAUCGCCUCUGUGCUGUGUCGAAUAAAUGCAUUACUGUUCACCAGCUGUGUGACGGUAACAUUGACUGUGAAGACACGACCGAUGAAGGAUUUUUUUGUGCCGACAAAAUGUGCGACAAGACGAACGAGUGCUCGCACUAUUGUCACAACGCGCCAGAGGGCUUCGUGUGCUCUUGUCCGCCACACAUGUUCCUGCAGCCAAAUAGGCAUCGCUGCAGCAUGCAGCAUGCGUGCGAACAUUGGGAUACUUGCUCGCAAAUUUGCGAAACUGUCGGCAAAGUAUACGAAUGCAAAUGCCACGAAGGCUAUGAUUUGGAAUACGAUCGCUUUAGUUGUAAGAGCACCGCAGUAGAUGAACCCUAUGUUAUAUUCACGAAUCGCCAAGAGAUACGUGGAGUCAAUUUGAGAAAGUCGGUGGUGAGCAAUUUCUAUACGUCGCUCCGUAAUACGAUAGCUUUGGACUUUCUAUACAACAACGAGUCGGUACAGAUUUUUUGGACAGAUGUAAUUGAUGACAAAAUAUAUCGCGGUUAUUUGGUGGGCGAAAGUUUGCGAAAAGUGGAGGCGGUGGUGCAUUCAGGCUUAUCCACCACCGAAGGUUUGGCGGUAGAUUGGAUCGGUAUGAAUCUGUAUUGGGUCGAUUCGAAUUUGGAUCAGAUAGAGGUAGCUAAGUUAAAUGGUAGCUUUCGGCGUACUUUGGUUGCCGGUGCGAUGGAGAGUCCACGCGCUAUCGCAUUGGAUCCACGAGAAGGUCUUCUUUUCUGGACUGAUUGGGAUGACAAUUUUCCUCGUAUCGAACGCUGUUCGAUGGCAGGUGAAUAUCGGCGCACUAUAUCCACUACGUCUCAAGUGUCAGCUGGUUGGCCAAACGGUCUGACAUUGGAUUACACACAGAAACGUGUGUAUUGGGUGGAUGCUAAGUCGGACUCAAUAUCAACCAUCAAGUAUGACGGUUCUGAUCAUCAUUUGGUGGUGCGUGAUAAGGACAUAUUAUCGCACCCUUUUGCAAUAUCUGUAUUUGAAAACUACGUGUACUGGACGGAUUGGCGGACAACAUCUGUAAUACGGGCCAACAAGUGGAACGGUUCGAAUAUACAGGUAAUACAACGUACACAGACCCAGCCCUUUGGCAUACAAGUGCUGCAUUCAAGUCGUCAACCGAGGGGUGAGAAUCCCUGUGGCACUAAUAACGGCGGUUGUUCGCAUCUGUGUUUGCUGACCGUUAAAAAAGGUUACAAAUGCGAAUGUCCGCACAUAAUGCGCUUGGAUCCUGCAGACCAUCGCACUUGCGUACCUAAUGAACAGGUGCUGCUCUUCAUAAUGGGUGACGAGAUACGCGGCAUCGAUUUGAUGCAGCCUAACCAUCACACCAUACCCACCAUACGGCAAUCACCACAGGUACUUGCGCCACAACGCAUUGACUUUACCGUCGACGACAGUCGAAUUUAUUGGUCUGACAUACAACUGAAUGAAAUCAAAACGGCUGGCAUUUCAAAUGGACUUAUCGACACCAUCAUCAACACUGACAUACACAAACCGUAUGGGUUCGCCAUUGAUUGGAUAGCCCGUCACAUGUACUUCUCGACCGGUAAAACGAAGUGCCAGAUACUGGCGAGCAAUUUGAAAGGCGAGUUCGUUACAGAAAUACACAGAGAUCUCAAUUUGGUGGAGAGCAUUGCUUUGGAUCCAGCUAAGGGAAAGAUGUAUUGGAUACACUCCGAACGAGACUCAGAACUGUGGCUAAUUGAGCAGAGCAGCUUAGAUGGCUCUUCCCGUAGCGUUGUUUUCCAAUACAACAAGACUUUGCUGAGCUUGACGAUGGACUUUGAUUCACAGCGUUUGUAUUACGUCUACGACAAUUCCGGCAUUGCCUACUACGAUAUUGUGCGAAAGAUAAUGGUUGAGACAUUGCAAUCAAGUGAAAUUAUGACC